AGGACAAAGAAAAGAAAGCCGUCAUUUUCGAAUUUAUUUCCAUGGCUUUGAGAGAGCCACCAAAGUUUCAGCUCCUAACGACCCAACUUAGCUCCUUCAAACCCCCAACGCUUCUAAAAGCAAGCAACCCAAAUUUGAAGUCAAACCCACCAUUUCUCUCUUCUUCUUGUUCCUCUUCUGGUCUCAUCGUAAUCAUAUCAUCUUGUGUCGUUCAAAGUUCAAAAAUUUGCCUUCGAUCUUUGGUGUAACAAUCAUCCUACUCUAUUUUCCCAGAAACCCAAUUGCAAGAGCCACCCAAAAUCCCCAUGGGUUUGGAUUCUUCUCCUUCUAACAACACCAUUCCUGUGGUUUCAACCUUAGCUUCGCCUUUUGACGGUCCUCCUCCUUCUUCCGCCAUGGAUGCUAACUCUUCGUCCCGAAAGCCCAUCAGUUUGUGGCCCGGAACGUACCAAUCACCGGUCACGAAUGCGCUUUGGGAUGCUCGGUCGAAGAUCUUCGAGAGGCUUCUUGACCCACCAAAAGAUGCACCUCCACAGAGCGAAUUGCUCACCAGGACUCCGUCACAGAACCGGACCAUUAUCCACUACAAUUUCUCUUCGGAUUACACCUUGAGAGAGCAGUACAGAGAUCCAUGGAAUGAGGUUAGAAUCGGGAAAUUGCUCGAAGACCUUGAUGCCUUAGCUGGGACUAUUUCGGUUAAGCACUGCUCUGAUGAUGAUAGCACAACAAGGCCACUAUUACUGAUUACUGCUUCUGUUGACAAAAUUGUCCUAAAGAAGCCUAUUAGUGUUGACAUUGAUCUGAGUAUAGUUGGUGCCGUCAUAUGGGUUGGGCGGUCAUCAAUUGAGAUUCAACUAGAUGUCACUCAGUCCACAAAAGAAGAUUCCAAUGCUUCAGAUUCAGUUGCUCUUACAGCCAAUUUCAUAUUUGUGGCUCGUGACUCUAAAACUGGGAAAGCUGCUCCAGUUAAUCGGCUCUCACCAGAAACUGAACAGGAAAAGUUGCUUUUUGAGGAAGCAGAAGCAAGAAGUAAUCUGAGGAAAAGGAAAAGAGGAGGAGAGAGAACGGAAUGGGAAAAUGGGGAAGCAAAUAGACUCCAAACUCUGUUGACUGAGGGAAGGAUCUUCUGUGAUAUGCCUGCCCUGGCAGACAGGGACAGCAUUCUUCUGAGGGAUACCCGCCUUGAAAACUCUCUGAUCUGCCAGCCACAGCAGAGAAACAUCCAUGGUCGAAUCUUUGGAGGCUUUUUGAUGCACCGAGCAUUCGAGUUGGCUUUCUCAACAGCUUAUGCUUUUGCAGGCUUGGUUCCUUGCUUUCUAGAAGUUGAUCAUGUUGAUUUCUUGAGACCUGUGGAUGUUGGAGACUUCCUGCGUUUCAAAUCAUGUGUUCUAUACACAGAACAUGAGAAUCCAGAUCAGCCUCUCAUAAAUGUAGAAGUUGUUGCGCAUGUCACUAGGCCUGAGCUUAGAUCUAGCGAGAUUUCGAACACAUUUUAUUUCACCUUCACUGUACGACCAGAGGCAAAGGCCAAUAAAAAUGGAUUUAGGAUUCGAAACGUAGUUCCAGCAACAGAGGAAGAAGCACGUCACAUUCUAGAGAGGAUAGUUGCUGAGACCUUGUAACCUGUAAGAGGCAGGAGCAAAUAGACAUGAACUUGAAGACCACAAGAAACACACCAGAGACAAAAAAAAAAAAAAAAAAAAAAAAAAAAAAAAAAAAGGGGAGAAAGGGACAAUCUAUAUCAAAAUAGUUUGUGAAGAAGCUUAUAAGUACUGGAGAAUUUGUUAGAAAUUGGAAACAUAGAACAGAAGUGUUUUACGAAAGCCGAAACGAAUGGCUGUUCCUGACUCAGAACUAUGCAUAUCUAGAGCGCUUGGUAGGAGAAACUAUGCAUAUCUAGAGCGCUUGGGAGUAGAAACUGAUUCCUAAACUGCUAGUUACAUUCUGGCAAUUUAUUGAAUAAUCUCUAUAUCAAAUACGAUUCUGAAUUUAUGAUAAUUAGCAGUGAAACAUUUUCAAA